AUGAUGAGCCCAGUGCCCAGCAACUACCUGGUACAACGCGAGCAACCUGACGAACGGGGAACAGCUGCGAAGGACGGCAGUGAAAAGCAUCUAAAAGCGAACUCUGAAGUAAAAAAAAUAGAGAUGAUAAUCACGAAAGAAAAAAGGGAGAAACUACAGGAAAAUAACAGCAACAGAACGCUUUUCUACCUGAAUAUCACCGUCUCCUUCCGCUUCUUCGUUGUUAAUCCCGGAUGGAUAAAGGAAGAAAGAGGUACAACCAUGAAUCAUCCGUUGAUCGACGCCGAACCUAUGCGGAGCUACUUCACAGCCGAAAAAAAUAAGACUGAUUCAUCUCGUUAG